AUGGAAAGACCAGCAGUCGGUCCAGAUCCCGGCCUCCUUUAUGUCAACUCGAAAAUCAUUCAGCCUGAUAAGCUAUCCAGUGAACAGUAUACCCAAUGGUAUGAGGAAACGCACAUUCCAGACAUCUUUCGAACGUCAGGGAUAGACGAGGCAUACCGCUGGCAAGCAUUAGACCCGGCGACCGAGCGACCCUAUCUGGCUUUGUACCCUUUGAAAGACAUUAGCUUUCUGCAGUCUCCAGAAUUCAAAGCAAUCCCCGUGGAAGAAGACAAACUUCCCGAUGAACGUCAAAUCUUCGACUUUGCGAAUUUUGACACCAGGUACUAUCAGUUCGCACAAUUGUACGAGUCCAAGACAUCGAACUCCAGUCCCCCAGAAAUCGUCAUCUCUGCAGGCUUCACACCAGCAGACGACGAAGAUUAUGAGAAUUGGUAUCAGCAAGAGCACCUCCAAGAAAUCUCUGGCAUCAGCACUUGGCGGAGGACUGAGAGAUACAAGCUUUUCUUCUCACGAGAGAAUCGCAAAGCUCCAGAGAAGCGAACAAUACCUCAUCCACCAAAGUAUCUCACGCUGCACUUCUUCGAUGGCGACUCGUGUCCAGAAGACGAACUUGCGAAGGCCAGUGAAAGCGAAUGGACUAAGAAGAACAUGUCGACCAUGAAAGAAGCGCAGGUCGCGGCGUUCAAGAGGUUGUCAUAUCACAAGAAGCAGUCAUAG